UCCGUCCUCUCCCUCUUUCCCUGCCAAUCAAACUUUCAUGUUUCAACACUCGUGACUCGACCACCAUUUUGUUUAUUUCUUUUUUGUUUCCCUUUUAGAACCUGAAAUUAUGGAAGCCAAGAAUUAAAGCUUUUGUUUUCCUUUUAAUGCGAUAGUUAAUUUCUCAUCUUUUUUCUUUUAGAUUUUUGAUGUACCGAAACAGAAAUCCAUGGCUUGUCUAAGUCUUUGCCUUCCGGAAGGUGAAUUUGACGAGUUACUUGAACAUGUUCCUUUAUCAACAAGGCGAAAAUUGUUACUUUCUCCCACCGUCCCGUUCGAAAACCAAGUCGAAACCUCCAGUUGCCUGGGCCCUCUCUCUCUCCCUCCUUGCUCUGCCCGAGAUCAGGUGGAUCAGCAUUUGGCAAAAGAUAGUCCUAAUUACAAAGUUACUUCUGGUGCUAUUGAAGUUGCAACUAACAAAGAUCCAUUAGAUUCUGCUGCAUUUUCUCAAGAUUCUCAGCUGGCCUCUUCUCUCCAUGAUGUAGGUUUGCCUAUAAAUGUCAACAGUGAAAGACAUCAAGCAGAUGAGCUGACAGGUACUGAAGCUAAUGCUGAUGCUUCCGGAUUGCAAAUUAAUGCUGGUGUCUUUCUGCCACCAAAUCCAGUGCCGUCAAAUGUUCCUGGUGUUAUCAAGGUUGACUGUGCUGAUAAAAUGCUGCCUAGUUUAUCAAAAGAAGAUGCAAAUAGUUCUGCUACUACUGGUGUUAUAGCUUCUUGCCAAGAUGUAGAUUUGCCUAUAAAUGGUAACAGCCAAGGAAGUGAAUCUGACCACCUGAAAGGUAAUCAAGCUGAUGCUUCUGAACAGGAGAAGAUCAAUUUUGAUGUGCCUCUGUCUUCAGAUGUUUCUACUAUUGAAAAAGUUGACUGUGCUGAUAACAUGCUGUUGAGUUUAUCAAAUGAGGAUACAAACAAUUCUGCCAGUACUGGUGUUACGGGUGUGAAUAUGAUGGAUAAAAAGCUCAGUGACUUUACAUAUGGUGAACUUGACCACAUUGUAUUGAAAGAAAGAAGAAAAUUGCUUCUAAAAAGGAAAUUUAUGGAACUGGAAAAGCCAGCUGUAAAGGGCAUCCCUGUGGGGUUGAGAGAAGAUACUAUAGCUAAUUCUACCAGGAGCAUUAAACAAGAGCUUCAGCCUAUUGAUGGAGAAUGUUUAACAUCUCAAAAUCAAUUUAAUGAUAUUCCUAUAAGAAAUGCUGCCAAUCUUUCUGGUUUUUCAGCAAAUGAUUCAUCUAGUUUGGAAGACUCUGCUUGGAGGAACAAAGAAAAGCUUCAGUAUGUUGAUGGAAAAUCCUGGUUGAGUGGAAUUGAAUAUAAUGACAUACCUAACAGAAGUGCUUCUAAUUUUCAAAGAACUUCUUCCACUGGGACUGAAUCUGAUAGGUCAGGAAAAAGAAUGGGAGAUAGCAACAUAGUUUGUCCCUCUCAGAGAACAUCAAUGGAGUUUACAUUGCGUGAUGGAGAUGAUUCUGUUCCUGCAAGUACAAAUAUAUGCAGUUCAGCUUUGAAUACUUCGGUCAAACUGAAAGUUGAACCAUUAGAUUAUAGUAACUUGCAAAACCCAGAGAGGAGCACUUUUGGUAACAUGGUAUCAGUGAAGUGUGAAGAGGACAUCUCUGAUGGGAUAGACCAUAUGCUAUUUCGAGAUCGGAUGAAGCUGCUUACACCAUUUGAGGGUUUUAAAUUGAACUUUUCCAACAAUUUUGAGUGCUUGGGGCAAAGUGAGCCUGCUGCCUUUGGAUUUAGCCUCUUUGUUUCAGAACCUGCCAAACCUAUAAUGAUAAGCCGUCCAAGGAGUAGAAAGAAGACUGCCACGGAUUCGGUUGUAACAGCAUUAGAAGAAGAUGCACCUGAACUUCUCAAGGUGUUGCGUGAUCAAGGUGUGUCAGUUGAUGAAAUUAAGCUUUAUGGGGAGUCAGAGAAUUACGAUGCCUUAGAUGAAUCAUUCAACGAAGAUAGCUUCUCAGAGCUUGAAGCUGUGAUGACAAAGCUUUUCUCUCAGCGCAGCCAUUUUUUAAAGUUUUCUUCUAUACGAUGUGCUAAGGGCUCAAAACCUAGUUAUUGCUUGGCUUGCCUAUUCUCACUUGUGGAGCAGACACGUUAUCUGCAGUUCCGUAGAUGGCCAGUUGAAUGGGGUUGGUGCCGGGAUCUUCAAUCAUUUAUAUUUGUCUUUAAAAGACACCACAGAAUUGUACUUGAACGUCCAGAAUAUGGUUAUGCAACAUACUUCUUUGAGCUGUUAGAUUCCUUACCCGUUGGUUGGCAGGUGAUGAGAUUGGUGACUGCCAUGAAGCUUACUAGGUGUGGCAGGAUAACGCUGAUUGAGAACAAACCAUUAUCGGUUGGCGAAGACUUGAGUGAAGGUGAGGCAAAGGUGUUAAUGCAGUAUGGUUGGGUCCCGAAUACUGGCUUGGGAACAAUGCUCAAUUACUGUGACAGAGUUGUCCAUGAUAGAAAAAAUGAGAGCGACAGCUCGGAAUGGAGAUCAAAAAUAGGAAAGCUGCUAGUAGAUGCAUAUAACGGUGGAAAUAUUGUCUCUGCUAGUCUUGUAGAGGAUGUCAUCGAACAGGACAGUGAGCGAACACAGAUUAAAACUGAACUUUGAUUAGAGAUUUGACCCCCAGAACACAAUAUUUUUCAUGGCACAAAGAAAAUUUUCCAAAGUUAUUAUGCAAUCAGCCAGUGACAGAAGAGCUCAAACCCCAGUUUUCAUGUUCUCUUGGAGUAGGAAGUGUCUAUUUGACAAUUACUUCCAUAUAUUUAGCUAGGUAAGGAAGGAUGUUGUGGAUCCUCCAGUUUUCUUGUGUAUGCUCUGCCUUCAUUUAGUUUAUUCUUUAAUUUUACUUCUUUGGUAAAGUUCAGAUGCAAGAUAUUUGGAGUAGACAAAGACACACACAAACACAUUAGAAUCUGUUUUUAGGUUAACACCGAAUGUAGGGUUCAGAAACACAAAUCUUCCUGUUUAUAUUUUUAAUAUAAGUUUACAUGUUGACUUGCAAA